UUCACAUCCAUUCAAAUACUGAUUAUGAAAAGGUACAUAACGGAGGGACAAAUUUAUUUGGAUCGCCAGUUGCACAACAGACAGAUUUACCCUCCUAUUAAUGUACUUCCCUCAUUAUCUCGUCUUAUGAAGUCCGCUAUCGGUGAAGGAAUGACAAGGAAGGACCACUCUGAUGUAUCUAAUCAACUAUAUGCAGCUUAUGCUAUGGGAAAAGAUGCUUUAGCAAUGCGUGCUGUAGUUGGUGUGGAAGCAUUGUCGCAGGAAGACUUGCUCUACCUAGAAUUUCAUGAUAAGUUUGAAAGGCGUUUUGUUAAUCAAGGAGCCUAUGAAAGAAGAGAUAUAUAUACUUCAUUAGAUAUGGCAUGGGAUUUGUUGCGAAUAUUUCCUAUCCAGUUAUUGCGUCGUAUUCCUGAAAAGAUACUGCAGGAAUAUUAUCAUCGGCCAGGCAGUUAUUCUAGUCAUGAACACAGAAAUAAGGAAGACCAAGUAACUCAUUAGUCAACAGAAACGAGUAUUUGUAUUCCAUCAUCAUAUACUCAUCAUAAAAUGAUGAUAGUUUUUCUCAUAUCUUAUUACCUGUUUGUAGCUUAUCUUAUCUAAGAAAGCAUAAAAGACAGUUUCCCAGACUCCGAAUACUACAACUAAUUGUUUUAGGCCACCAAACAGAGUUGCAAUAGUACCGUUAUAUAGCUUAUUAUCCAUUCUCUAUUGCAACCAUAAUAUUGGCCGUGAAUCAAGAAGGACAAACAAUAUUAUACUUCAACGUUGGUCACUUUAUGAACUCCAUACAGUUGUCACCAAUACAUAUGACUGAUAGAGGAAAAGCUUUCCGUGAAUAUAUCCACUAACUAUUUUGUUACUGGAACUAUAUCUUGAAAAAAAGGAAACAGUCCCCGUCAGAAAAUAGCAAAAGAGAAAGACUUUUCU